GGUUCACCUUCGAAACAUAUGUUUUCUCCCAUAUCACUCUUAUUUGAAGUGUAUUUUCGCUCACAAGCUGUCUGACAACCAUAUUCAUCUUCAAUACCGUCAUAGGAGAGUAGAUAGGGAAAUGCUGUUGAUAGCCGCCCUCGUUUUGGCCGCAGUGUCCGUGGAUGGUCAAAGUGUUUCUUGCACGUGUGCUAUCAAACUGGCCACCGAUGAUUACUUUGAUGAAGAUAAAGGCCCGAUCCUCCAUCUUGUUUCGAAUGCAACUCACGAAGAUUGUGCCUUUGACGCGGAAAUUUGUGACGAAAAUUGCCGAUUCGAUUCGGAAGAUAUCCUCGACGAACCUCUGAGUACACCUUUACCAAACGAUAACGUUCCUAAGGGUCAAAGGUUUUGUGAGCAGAUCAGAGACAAUCCAGGGGUGGAUGGUGUCAAUCUGCCUAUCUUACCCCCAGGGGAGUUUGUAGGUGCUUUCAACAGAAUGCCAGAGUGUACGUUCGAUGAUUGGGUGUCCACUGGUGCAGGAAAAGGCCCUGGGGACGCUUUGCUGCAACGCUGCCAUCUUUAUAUAAAGAUUCUUCCAAUCGCUCUUUAUAGCCUAUGUUCCUUUUGCAUUUUAGGUGCACGUUCGAUGAUUGGGUGCCCACUGGGGCAGGAAACGCCCUGGAGACGCUUUGCUGUAACGCUGAUGGAACAUGGAACUCUGAAUGUGGCGAAGGAAGCUUGAGAAAGAAGAAACCUAUUCCAAUUCUUUAUUAACGUUUUAAUUUCAAUAUAAUAGUUUGCGUGUGACUAUAUCGAACUUUUGAUUUUGAACGAUGUUCAAACAAAAGAGGAAUAUUCGUAAAAAAUCCUUGAAAAUGUUGUUCCCUGCGUAAUGCCU